UUCAAGCAUGGAGGAGCCCCUUGUUGACAAGACAGGAGAGGAGAGCCUGGUAGUGAUUGAGGUGAAGAAGCAGUUGUACCUUGCCGGGCCUCUCAUCGUCGGAAGCCUCCUACAGGAUGUGGUCCAAAUGAUAUCGGUCAUGUUUGUGGGUCAUCUCGGCGAACUCGCUCUCUCGAGUGCCUCCAUCGCAACCUCCUUCGCCGGUGUAACUGGCUUCAGCUUGUUGUCCAGCAUGUCGAGUAGCUUGGACACGCUAUGUGGGCAAGCCUUUGGAGCAAAACAACACCAUCUUCUUGGCAUCUACAUGCAGAGGGCAAUCCUUGUUCUCACUCCGGUGAGCGCCGUGGUUGCCGUAAUGUGGGGAUACACCGGCCAGAUCCUUUUGUUGUUUGGGCAGGACCCUGAGAUUGCCAUGGAAGCAGGGAGCUACAUCCGUUGGAUGAUUCCGUCGCUGUUUGUCUAUGGUCCGCUGCAGUGCCAUGUCAGGUUCCUGCAAACUCAGAACAUGGUCCUCCCGGUGAUGCUGAGCUCGGGCAUCACAGCGAUGAACCACAUCUUGGUGUGCUGGCUGCUGGUCUACAAGCUUGGCCUGGGCAACAAGGGUGCUGCCUUGGCCAAUACAAUCUCCUACCUCACGAAUGUGUCCAUCUUGGCUCUCUACAUCAGGCUCUCCCCAUCUUGUAAGAGCACAUGGACGGGGUUGUCGACGGAGGCAUUUCGCGACAUCCUCGGUUUCUUGAGGCUUGCCGUCCCAUCUGCGCUCAUGGUUUGCUGGGAGUGGUGGUCGUUUGAGCUCCUGGUACUUGUUUCCGGAUUUCUUCCAAAUCCUAAACUUGAGGCAUCAGUACUGUCAAUCAGGUGAGGCCGUUUGGCGACAUAUUCAAGCAUGGCAUAUUUCAUUUCAUACUACUCCC